UGUUACAGCCGCUAACAUUAGAAACUUGUCUUCCUGCUAGUGUGUUACGUGGCUAACCGUUCCGUGCAAAUAUUGUGCGACUGGUUAAAAGACUGCUACAACAGUUACGCAGAGGUCGUAAACUUCACGUGUUUGUUUGUGUCGUCUGACCCGUGAAAAUAGUUUUGUAGUCAUUGAAUGUAUUAUUCCCUCACUAGGUCAUGUUAGCUAGCUGGCUAACUUGAAACAAUAAUAUAGUCGAUUAUAAGAAAGAGUGCCAUUUAUUGAGAGGUUUGAAAAGGAGCCAUGUGGUCUGCGGUGCCACCUCUCUCCUCAUGCUGGCUUCAGACAGCUGAGACGUGGAUGUGUCAUGCCAUCACGGUGUAAAAUCUGGAGCUGCUCCACAGGGAAGGAUGAUGGAGGAAACUCACAAAAUAUACAGACAAAAGCUUGAAGAGCUCAACAAUCUUCAGGCAACAUGCAGCAGCUCCAUCAGUAAACAGAGAAAAUGCCUAAAAGACCUAAGGCACAGCUUGACCAAGUAUGCAAAAACAUGUGACGAGAAAGAACUGAAACUAAUAAAGGACAUCAAAACACAAAUCAAGGAGAAAGAAAAUGUGUUCUUUGAUAUGGAGGCAUAUUUGCCAAAGAGGAACGGACUGUACCUGAACCUGGUCCUGGGCAACGUGAACGUAACGCUCCUCAGCAACCAGGCAAAAUUUGCCUACAAAGAUGAAUAUGAGAAGUUCAAGCUUUGUAUGACAAUAAUCUUAAUGUUUGGAGCCAUAACCUGCCUCUUCUUUCUCAACUGUCGUGUCACGGAUGAAAUCUUCAACUUUUUGCUGGUGUGGUACUACUGCACAUUGACCAUAAGAGAAAGCAUCCUCAUGAGCAAUGGCUCCAGGAUUAAAGGUUGGUGGGUAUCUCACCAUUAUGUAUCCACCUUUUUGUCAGGUGUGAUGCUUACCUGGCCAGAGGGGCCCAUGUAUCAGAUGUUCAGAAGCCAGUUUCUUGCUUUCUCCAUCUAUCAGAGCUUUGUUCAGUUCCUGCAGUAUUACUAUCAAAGCGGCUGCUUGUAUCGACUGCGAACUUUGGGAGAGAGAAAUCAGCUGGACCUCACAGUGGAGGGAUUUCAGUCGUGGAUGUGGAGAGGCCUCACUUUUCUUUUGCCUUUCCUUUUUUUUGGCCACUUUUGGCAGCUUUACAACUCAGUGACCCUGUUUCGCUUGGCAGGACAUAAGGACUGUAAGGAGUGGCAGGUAUUUAUGCUUGCGCAGACAUUUCUUGUCCUCUUCCUUGGAAAUUUUCUCACCACGUUAAAAGUCGUCCACCAAAAGUUUCAGAAAAAACACGAUAAGGUGCAAAAAAAGGAUUGAGACAAAAACACAACACUUGAGGUUCCAGCCAGUACUUUUGAAGCAACACGCACAAUCGCUUGAUAGACUGACCACAGGCUGAUGAGGCCAGGAGAGGACAAAGCUGAAGCCGCUGUUCCCUCAGGCUUCUGUGACAGCAGCAUCUAGCCAGAGCUUCUGGCAAACAGGCUUCUGCUUUCUAAUGACUCGGUGUUGUUGAUGCUGCUGUUCGGUUGGUCUCAACACAAAGUGGUGUUCACCUCAUAUCUGAACAGAUUUGUCACUUUAUCCUGCGGAAAGAAUGUUUUAUUUGGGUGUAUGUGUCGGUGCAUGAAUCUGUCCGAGAGCCUCUGUUUAAAUCAUAUGCAACUAUAAGGAAGCAGGUAGCAUCACUUAACAAAACCUUUGAGGACCUCAUGUCUGUCAUGUACAAACUUCAUACUUCUGUGAAGUAGUAAUGGUAAAACUGUCUCUGGCUUGAACAAACCUGGACAUGUUCAGUUCGGCACUGUGCUUCAUGUUGUUCACUUUUCUAAUGUUUUAUAUUUAGUUCUCAACACAGUGUUACUCAUUUUUAUUUUACUACUUUUGUUCUCAGAAAUACAAAAUGCAUGCAGAAAAAGUACACUUAACCCAAGAUUAUCUUACAUUUUAUGAGGGGGGGUGGGUUUUUUUUUUUUUUUUUUUUUUAAAUUUCA